AUGGCCCAGAUUGCAAAAAGCUUACGCGCAAAACAUUCGGCCAACAAGCUGUACUUGCUGUUAGCGAAACGCAACAGCGGCUCUUUUACGUAUGAUGGUAUCGAGCGCGGCGGCGAGCGUGUGUGCGCAGAAAUUGAGGAGGAGCUGCGACUGAUUGAGGAAAAGGGUGGCAAGAUCACGAAGCUUAGCAUCGUCGGGUACUCCCUCGGCGGCCUUGUUUCCCGCUAUGCCGUUGGUCUGCUCCAUUCCAAGGGCAUUCUCGACACCGUGGAAUGCAUGAACUUUGUAACGUUUGCUUCUCCACACCUCGGUGUUCGCACACCGCUCCGCGGAUGGCACAACCACCUAUGGAACGUUCUUGGAGCACGCACUCUCUCCAUGUCUGGUCGUCAACUUUUCACUAUUGACAAUUUCCGCGACACGGGCCGCCCUCUCCUCGCCGUUCUAGCCGACCCCAACUCCAUUUUCCUUGCCGGGCUGAAGCGUUUCAAGCGCCGCACCCUCUACACUAAUAUUGUUAACGACAAGAGCGCCGUGCAUUACACGACUGGUAUCACCAAAACGGACCCAUACACGAACCUGGAUAACCUAAAGGUGAACUACCUCCAAGGCUACGAAGAUGUCAUCCUCGACCCGAAGCACCCUGUAGCUCCCCGGCCUAAAGUUGACGGUCCAGCCACUUUCUCGUCCGUGGCAACCGCUGGUGUAAAAUGGAUCAAGCGCAUACCUUUGAUCGCCGCCAUCACCGUUUUUGUGCCCAUCGGCAUUGUUGCCUUUCUCUUUAACUCUGUCAUCCAGACUAUGCGCUCCUCUAAGCGCAUCCAGCUCUAUGAGAAAGGCUUGUCAGGAGUGCCAAUCGAGGAGUACCGUGGGCCCUUGUGGAUGAAGGAGAUUCGGGAGGAGGUCGAGCAUGUCUACGAGACACUCAACAGCUCACAGGACCAGGAAUACCUCGGCACAGAGACGGACGACGACGACUUGGACGCUCAGGAGAUGGACCGCAGCACAACACAGCUUCUGGCCCGGGAGCGGCGCAUGUCGAUCCCCUCGCAGCCCACACUCGCACUUGCGCCUUACCAGUUCCAGAUGAUUCAGAAUCUCGACUCGGUUGGUUGGAAUAAGUAUCAUGUGUGGAUUCACAAGGACCGGCACAGCCAUGCUGCUAUAAUUGUGCGGUGGGAGAAAAAGUCGUUCGGCGAAGGACGGGUUGUGUUGCGUCACUGGCUGGACGAGGAGUUUGUCAUUUAA